GGAGGCCGCCCCCGGGAAGGGGGUGGUGAUGGCGUGGGACGGGGCGGCCGUGACUGGGCAGAGGCGGGUGUCUCAGCCGGUACCGCGCCAGGGUGCCGGUUCUGUGGUGGAGAAGAAAAAAAAAGGGACAAGAAAGCGAAAAUGAAAGUUAAAAGUGCGCGGAAAUGUGAUCUCGGCGUGAAACGCAGCGUCAGGGGGGCGAGCGGGGCCUGUCCGGGCCGGGCGGUGUCCAAGGGCGAGAGCUGCCGAGCACUGUCAGGCAGCGGACGCCCAGGGCUGUAGACACCUCAGAGAUGUCCUACAAGUUGAAGAGCCGUCCUGCUGAAAAUGGAGAGCGUCCCAGGAGCAGAAUGGAAAACAGAACAGACAGCAUGGCUGCCCCCACCCUUAGUACCUACACCCCAGAAGAGAUGGUACAACAGAUGAAAGAACUGAUCACUGAGAACAAUGAGCUAAAAGAAGCCAUGAAGGUGCAUAACCAAGCUAUGAAGGAUCGAUAUAAGGAACUUGCCGUCUGGCGAGAGAAGCAGAAAGAAGAAAGAGAAUUUUAUGAAUCAAAGUUUAAGGAAGCUAAGCAGUGCUUGUUAGCCAAGUGCAUUGAAAAUGAACAGCUACAGCAACAACUUCAGAGGUUAAAGGAAAAAGAAGAAGGAUCUGAAAUGGAGGGCUGCAUGGCUCCCAAGAAGGAAGCGAGGCAGCUGAAAUCCCAGGUGCAGCGGCUCCAGACUGAGAAGGCAGAUCUACUAGCCAUCAUUUCAGAACUGCAGCUCAAGCUGAACAUGUCAGCAGAGGAUUCCUUUGUGGAAAUUGGGAUGAAUGAAGGAGGUAUAAACGGAACUCCAAAGGAAAAUCAAGAGAAUAGUGGUGAAAUGACGAGUAACACUGCUGUCUACAUGAACAAACCUGCAGAUGAACCAAAGAAUUUGGAGUCCAAGGAGCUAACUGUGAGCCAGCUGCUCUGCAGCCUUAGAAAUGAAACUCAGAAGAGGGAAAAACUUGAGAAGGAGCUGCAGGAUCACAAAGAAAGACUGUCAAAGCUGGAGAAAGAAGUGAGCAAGUGCCUGGAGAGUGGGACACAAACUGAACAGAAAGAGGAGGAGAGUUCAGAGUCUGUUGGCAGUGAAGUAGAAGCCCUGAAUUUGCAAGUUUGUGCUCUGUUUAAAGAGCUUCAGGAAGCCCAUGAGAAGUUAAAAGAAGCAGAAUUUAUUCAGAAGAAACUUCAAGAAAAGUCCCAAGUAAUGGAAAAGAAAAGCUUGGCUGCUGCAUCAGAGUUGGAAGAGAAGCAGCAGCUAAUACACAGCAUCAAGAAGCUGGAGCUUCAGGUGCAGAGCGUGCAGGCAGAGGUCAAGCUGGAACAAACCAAGACACAGGAAGAAAAGGCAAGAUAUAGUAUCUUGCAGGAUGCAUAUGACAAACUCCUUCCUCGGCUCACUGAGGCAAUGAAAACAAUCAAUGAAAUGAAACUCAAAGAGCUGGACAAAGUGGAUAAAGCUGUAAUGGAACAACUGAAUGCAAAGGUGGAGUUGGCAGAACAAGCCCUUGCUGCAAAGCAACUCCAGAUAGAUGAAAUGAAGCAGCUCAUUGUUAAACAAGAGGAAGACCUUGAGACCAUGGCUGUGCUCCGUGCUCAGAUGGAGGUUUAUUGUUCUGACUUCCAUGCUGAGAGGGCAGCAAGAGAGAAGAUCCAUGAGGAGAAGGAGCAGUUGGCUGUCCAGCUGGCAUACCUGCUAAAAGAACAGCAAAACCUUGAAGAUAUUGGCCGAAAUGCUUUGGCAGAGAUGCAGAAUCGCCACGGAGCCAGGGCACCGGAUCGGGAACACUCACCUCGCCUUGUCCAAAGAGGAACUGGUAGGCAAGACUGGCCAGAGCAGCAGAAUAUCUCAAUGUACUCAUGUCCCAAAUGUGAAGAAAUUCUACCCGAUUUGGACUCGCUGCAGAUUCACGUUAUGGACUGCAUUAACUGAGUGAUGCCCUCCAAUUCUUCAUCUUCUGGAAUUUCACCUACUAAACACAUUCGGUUUCUUCCUGCCCAAAAAAUGCUCGCUCUUACAUCCAGUGAAGGAGGUUUUCAGGCUUUUUCUCAUUAAUUCAAUGGCAAAAGGGUAAAACUAUCCUGUCUUGUACUCGCUAAUCUUGUUUUAAUCUGCUUUAGAAAAAUAAUUUUUAUAAGUUAACAAGAUGGACGCAUUAAAGAACUCCCGGUGUGUCUGCUGCUAUGAGAUCUUUUAAGGAACAUUUCCCGAUGUGUUAUGGCUGGACUGUAGAACAGGGCUGAAUCACUGAAAUCAGAAGGGAUAUAUGGGAUAUAUACUGAUAAUUAAAGUACUGUGAGCCUGUAUAUACUUCGUCCACCAUAUAUGAUACAUCACAAAAUUAAUAGAUUAAAAAAGCUGUUUGAGAAGCUUUCAGCAAAAUGGAGUAGUGCUGUAUUCAUCGAGCAUUUGAAUGAACCUGCUCUUUCUCCAGAUGGCAGUUCUAUUGCUGCCCUUGUGACCAUGCUAAUCUGAUGUUGAAGUUUUGAUGGCUUAUGUAACUUCUUGCUUUAGCCAGAUGUGGAUGAAGUUUAAAACAGAUCAUUUAGGUCUGCUAGAUGUAGCUCCUGGUGUACCCAAGUCACUUGGUUUUAUAGAAUUUGUUCAUUUUUAAGGUGCUGUCGUGAUUAUUCUUUAUUAUAAUAAUUUGAACCUGUACAGUAUUGUGCUAGAAAGCGCUGAGAUGGAUGUAACCUAAUUUAAAGAGGAGUAUAUAAUGGAUUUUCACAUCUCAAAAUAAAUCUAUUACAAAUACAAA